ACUUCAGUUAACUUGACCUUUGACUGGUUUUAGUUAUUUGCUCUCAGGUUGCCACUUGGACUUUGAGUUACUGUGAUUUCCACCUCAGACUGUUUUGUGAAUAUUAUGUUUCUGUACUAAAAAGUAACUCCACGUGGAUUUUCAAUUACUCUUGCUUCUCUGACUGUUUACACGUUUGUGACAUGACAACUGAGUGGACAACAAUGAGAUUGAUUUGAAGUAUGAUUUGAAGAUCUGGCUUGAUGGAAGCAGAUGUCCUUUGCUGGGGAUUAAGCACAUCGAGUGAUUGCAGCUGACUGUGAACAGGUUGCCAUGAAAGGGGUGAGCUCCAGGUCUGCAUUCGCUCUGGGAUUUCUGGUGGGCUGCUGCUGUCUUUACUUCUUCCUGAAGGAGGUGUGGUUCGAGCAAAGCUCUAAUUUGUGGUUCAGUGCACAGCAGGAGAAGCAGACCAUUAACAACGUCAGCUGGAUGGUGCAUCGUUAUGCUCUCUUCAACCUGAAUCACCCUCAUCAUACAGAAGAAGACAGUCGUGUUGCAGAUGAACUUUACAAAAAAGUACGUAUUCUGUGCUGGGUCAUGACCAGCCCUAACAACCUGCAGUCAAAGGCUCGGCACGUGAAAGCAACGUGGAGUCGUCACUGCAACACGGUGCUUUUCAUGAGCUCGGAGGAGGAUCAUGACUUCCCAGCUGUGGGCCUUGAAACGGGAGAAGGACGUGAUCAGCUCUACUGGAAGACCAUCCGAGCAUUCCAUUACUCCCUGAAGAACCAUGGCGACGACGCAGACUGGUUCCUCAAGGCUGACGAUGACACUUUUGUGGUGGUGGACAACCUGCGCUUAAUCCUGUCUAAUUAUUCCUCCGAGGAGCCCAUCUACUUUGGCAAGCGCUUCAAACCGUAUGUCAAGCAGGGCUACAUGAGCGGCGGAGCUGGAUACGUGCUCAGCAAGGAGGCGUUGAGGCGAUUUGUGAAGGGCUUCAGCACCCAAGUGUGCACUCAUACUUCCUCUGUGGAGGACCUGGCUAUGGGUCAGUGCUUGGAGAAGAUGGGAGUGUUGGCAGGAGACUCGAGGGACAGUAUACAGCGUGAGACCUUCCACCCGUUCAUCCCUGAGCACCACCUCACUCAGGUUUUUUCCAAAACUUUCUGGUACUGGAAUUACUGCUACUAUCCUAUCGUGUUGGGUCCACAGUGCUGCUCUGAUGUCGCCGUGUCUUUCCAUUACGUGGACGCUGAGCUGAUGUACCUUCUAGAGUACUACACGUACCACCUCCGGCCUUACGGCUACCGGUACCGCUACAAACCUCCAGAUCCUUCUCUUCUUCACACAACAGAGAACACUGACAGACCGGUGAAGGUCACUGUGAAAAUAACACCGCAUGUAGCAGAACAACCAAAGGUGUCCAACUUGACGCAGCAGAUCCCAGUCAAGCCUGAAGGACAGGGAAAUACAAAGGGGGACAAUGUGCAAAAGACAGUCCAAGAGAUCAAGUCAGACAACAGCAGCACUUUUCAGGAGAGCCAGAGAUCAUCGUCAGGCAGCUGAAAUUGUAGCGUGCAUUGUAGAGGAAGAGUACAUGUACAUGGGAAUUUACUGUCAAUUGAAUGUAUCGUGCAGCUCCUUAGAAGUUCCUCUGAAUUUAAGUAGGUGAAACCAGUACCUUCACAGCACUGUUGAACGCUGAGGUGUUGAUUGGUCAGGUGUUGAUUCGUUUUCUCUGAAGUGUCAAAUCACAGCUUUAUAUUAACCAACUCAUUCCAAUACCUUAACGUGUCUACAAUUACUGCGAACUCAUCAAAACCUUGAUACGGUGAAGCUUUCAGUUAAGAGAUGUUUAUGAAAGGAAUCUGCAGUGUCAGCACUUUGUAACAGUUUAUCACAGGAGAGUUAGAAUGGCGAAAUGCUCAGGGCCGAGCUUUUAGCAUAUUUAAAUUAAUAAACUGUUUCUCUUACUGUUAACAUAACUAUAAACAGACAAAAAGUUAUCAUCUCCAUUAAUAAUGAAGGUGCUGUGGUGUAAGAGGAAUAUGCUUGGAUUUUAAUAUACUAAUGAUUCUAAUAGUCACUUAGUGUACAAUGAGAGCAACUCAAAUCAAAGCUAUCAGUGUUUUCCUAAAAAUCAAGGCAUUAUAUAAUCCAGUUCCACAUGCGUAGACUUGUUUCUUUAAUUUUUCAUUUUAAUUUCAGUUUUAAUCGGGUUUCCGUCAGGUAAAAUUAGCAACGUUACCGUCGGCUUUCUGGACAGAGAUCGUUGGACUGUUGGUAUUCACAGGAGAGUUUGAGUGUCUCGUUGACCCAGCGGACAGUCGACUGCAUUUUUUUGCAGGAGAUAAUCGUGCAGAUAUUCAUUCACCAUCUCUUUCAUUCAUCUCCUUUGUUCCAGGGUUUAUUUUUUACUACCUUCUCAUGAUGAGGUUGUACAUGUAUCCACCUUAUAUUGUAAUUCUGAUUUACAGCAAUGUUGGAAAUAUUUCUGUAAGCUAAGUAGCACUGACCAUUCAAAAUAUUUUCUCCUAAGUUAUUGUUCAUGAAGUGACAUCAAUGUACAGGAUUUAUUGCCUCCCGCUGCAUUUGAGGUACAGUAUCUCUGGAGGUCGGUGUGGAGUUCUCUUCCUCUUUAUUUUUUUUUUGUCUUGUUGCAAAGAAAGUGCUUUACUGUUUAAUUAAUAAAGCCUGAUCUCUAAGCCA